AUGGAUAACAACAAUUACCAUUCUCCGCCUCCAUAUCAAUAUAGCACAUAUAAUUACCCCCAUGUUCCACCCCCUCCAAAUCAACAAAACCCAGGUCUUAGUUCCGGUCCAUACCCUGGUCAUCCUCCUCCAGGUUCUGUCCCAUAUCCACAGUAUUCUCAUUAUCCACCCCCGCCCUUUUACAACACUUCAGGUUCCGGCCAUUUAAAUUAUCCGUAUCCAGGUCCACCGCCACCAUCUGCACCUCCUACGUCUGGACCUUUAGAGUAUAGUUACCCCCCAUCCUCACAUUCUACCCCCAUCACUCACCAGUUUCAUGGAUAUCCACCUCCUCCACCAAUGCCAACCCCACCUCAGUCAACCCUUCAAUCAUAUGGUAGUUUCCAUCAUGGUUCUUCCCAUUAUCUCCAACAUCAGAACUCUGGGCCAUUGCAGCCUCCAGAUAAUCAACCCAAUGUGCCACCUAGAGUUAGUGGUGAGUACUCUAGUAACUACCACUACCAAGAUAGUUCAUCUUCUGUGAGUGGAACUACAGGAAAUUAUGAUCACAUCAAUGAUGGUUCUAUGACUCGCCCUUCAGUUUAUCCGUCUAUCGAUGAUCUCAUUGAAAAUGUUCAUUUGUCUGAUAGUCAUAAGCCAUCUGCCCCUGCCUCCCCUCCUGCCCCGUCAGCCUCGUUGCCUAGUUCCCCUCCAAAAUAUCACUCUGGACCAUUGCCAAUGACUAAUAAGUAUAAUGGUAUGGGGGCUAUAUAUGGACAUCCUAAUUCCUUUUCUCGCUGGGAGACAUCUUCUACGGGUCAGAUGGAGCACCCUUCUGUUCUUGCCUCAUCACAUUCGACCACUCAUGCUGAGACAUCACAUGCUCAGAAUAUGCAGCUUAUGGCAGCUUCAUCUCCUAAAGUGUCUUUGAAAGUUUUGCUCUUGCAUGGGAAUUUGGAUAUUUGGGUAUAUGAAGCAAGAAAUCUUCCUAACAUGGAUAUGUUCCACAAAACUAUAGGAGACAUGUUCAACAACAGUAAGAUUACAAGUGAUCCCUAUGUCUCCAUCACAGUAACAGGUGCUACAAUUGGAAGGACUUAUGUGAUAAGCAAUAGUGAAAAUCCUGUUUGGACGCAAAAUUUUAAUCUUCCAGUUGCUCAUUAUGCUGCCGAAGUUCACUUUGUAGUGAAAGAUAAUGAUGUUGUGGGAUCACAACUUAUAGGGACAGUGAUGGUUCCGGUGGAGCAUUUAUAUGGUGGAGAAAAAAUUGAGGGGUUCUUUCCAAUCCUCAAUGCAAGUGGGAAGCCCUGCAAGGCUGGAGCUGUUUUGUAUAUCUCUAUUCAAUAUACCCCAAUAGAGCAUUUAAGCAUCUACCAUCAUGGAAUUGGAGCUGGUCCUGAUUAUCUUGGAGUACCUGGGACAUACUUUCCACUUAGGAGAGGUGGAAUGAUCACUCUUUAUCAAGAUGCUCAUGUUCCUGAUGGAUGUCUCCCAAUUCUAAAACUUGAAAAUGGGAUGCAAUAUGUGCAUGGAAAAUGCUGGCGUGACAUCUUUGAGGCUAUACGUCAGGCCCGCCGUUUGAUUUAUAUUACUGGGUGGUCAGUGUGGCACAAAGUUAGACUGGUUAGGGAUGAUAAUUCCGUGUCAAGUACCACUCUGGGGGAUCUUCUGAGAUCAAAGUCACAGGAAGGAGUGAGAGUUCUGCUGCUUGUAUGGGAUGAUCCUACGUCAAGAAGCAUACUGGGCUACAAAACGGAUGGAGUCAUGCAAACUCAUGAUGAAGAAACUCGCCGUUUCUUUAAACACUCUUCUGUGCAAGUGCUGCUCUGUCCUCGUGUGGCUGGGAAGCGUCAUAGUUGGAUGAAGCAGAGGGAAGUUGGAGUAAUUUAUACACAUCAUCAGAAGACUGUGAUAGUGGAUGCUGAUGCUGGAAAUAAUCGAAGAAGAAUCACUGCAUUUCUUGGAGGACUGGACUUGUUGCAAAAGGAAGGCAACAUGAUCAGCCGAGGCCAUGCCCUUGGUAGUGUUACGGGUUGUCCAAGAGAAGCAUGGCAUGACUUGCACUGUAAAAUUGACGGUCCAGCAGCAUAUGAUGUUCUGACCAAUUUCGAGGAACGGUGGAUGAAAGCUGCAAAACCUUAUGGAAUAAAAAAAUUAAAGGUGUCAUAUGAUGAUGCUUUACUCCGACUGGAAAGGAUACCCGACGUACUGGGGCUAUCUGAUGCUCCUUGUGUUAGUGAUGAUGAUCCUCAAAGUUGGCAUGUUCAGGUUUUUCGUUCAAUUGAUUCAAACUCCGUCAGUGGCUUCCCAAAGGAUCCUAAAGAAGCUACAAUGAGGAACCUGGUAUGUGGGAAGAACGUACUUAUAGAUAUGAGCAUACACACAGCGUAUGUAAAGGCCAUUCGUGCUGCUCAACAUUUUAUUUAUAUUGAAAAUCAAUACUUCAUCGGAUCCUCAUACAACUGGAGUACAAAUAAGGAUGUCGGUGCAAAUAAUUUGAUUCCAAUAGAAAUUGCCCUCAAGAUUGCCAGCAAAAUAAGGGCACACGAGAGGUUUGCAGCAUAUAUUGUCAUUCCAAUGUGGCCAGAGGGUAAUCCAACAGGUGCUGCUACUCAAAGGAUUUUGUUUUGGCAGCAUAAAACAAUGCAAAUGAUGUAUGAGACUAUCUACCAGGCUCUAAUGGAGGUUGGACUUGAGAAUGCAUACUCCCCACAAGAUUACUUGAACUUCUACUGUCUUGGCAAUCGUGAGGCUUUCGAUGAGGGUUAUCCCUCUGAGCGUCAAAGUGCAGCUAACACUCCUCAAGGACUCGGUCAGAAAAACCGAAGAUUCAUGAUUUAUGUUCAUUCGAAAGGGAUGAUUGUGGACGAUGAAUAUGUUAUUUUGGGGUCUGCAAAUAUCAAUCAACGUUCGAUGGAGGGUACUAGAGACACAGAGAUCGCUAUGGGGGCUUAUCAACCUCAUCACACAUGGGCAAGAAAACAAUCGAGUCCAUAUGGACAGAUUUAUGGUUAUAGAAUGUCUCUAUGGGCCGAGCAUCUAGGAGUUUUAGAUGACUGCUUUACUCGACCAGAUUCUGUAGAAUGUGUCAGACGAGUUAGACAAAUGGGCGAGGCGAACUGGAAGCAAUAUGCAUCUGAUGAGAUAUCAGAAAUGAGAGGACACCUUCUGAAGUACCCGGUUGAAGUUGAUAGGUACGGCAAGGUGAGUUCCCUCUCAGGAUGUGAAACUUUUCCUGAUGUUGGAGGUAAUAUAAUCGGAUCAUUCCUUGCUGUUCAAGAAAAUCUGACCAUUUAA